UCCUUAAAAUCCCUAGCCUGUUUCUCAACCUUCGUUUCGCCAGCCCUCGACAGUCCGCGAAAACCCUAAUUCCUAUGGCAGAGAUGGAGGGAGAACUGCUAGAUCACCAGUCGAUUACCUCAUCGCCUCUCAAACGAAAGUCCAAUCUAGUGCCAGAUGAGGAAGAGGAGGCUGAAAGAACGAUGAAGCAGCAGAAGUCCGAUGCUCCCUUCGAAGAGUGCGGCGACGCCGGCCAAGAUGAUAAGAAGGUAGGCGGCAAUCAGAACGGGAAUGUGGAGAAGGAUAAGGGAAAGGCCAUUUUGUCUGCGGCGGAUAAGGGUAAGGGGAAGAUGGUGGUUCAGGAAGAGGGAUGUGACGACGAGGGUGGUCGAGAAUUCGGGGAUUCUAGUGAUGAUGAAGAUGGAAGCAGCGAAGUGGAUGGUGAGGGAGAUGAUGACGACAGCGACUUCUCCGAUGAUCCUCUUGCGGAGAUGGAUCUUGACAACAUCUUACCGGCAAGGACUCGGCGGCGAAGGGUAUUGGAGCCGGGAGCUUACCUUGUAGAAGGCAAGGAUAAUGAUGAUGAUGAUGAUGAUGACGACGACGACGACGAUGGUGAUGACGAUGUGGAGGGGGAUGAGGAGGAGGAAGAGGAGCAGAAUGAAGAGGAGGUGGAGGAGCAGCUGGAGGAGAACAAGUAGGUUGGAGUGGCAGAAAAAUAGGUAUAAAUUGAUUAUGUUGUUUUAUGUGAGUCUUAGAUGAGGUUAAUGUGGAAUUUUUCCUCACUUUGAGGCACAUUGUGUGUUCGGAUUUAGGCCUUUCGUUGAAGAUUGCAAUUCUGAUUCUAUAAACUUUUGUUUAUUUCGGACAAGUUUUUGUAGUAUAUCCUCUUAACUAGUUUCCACAUGAAAGAUUUUCGAGAUGUCCA